GCACGUACGUGCCGGCCAUACCCGGUACCCGGCCCAUGCGCAAAGAUCUUUGCCCAUGUGCAUACUGUGUGUUCCUUUGCCGGGCCUUGGUCUUGUUGGUACAGCAAAGAUAACCAGGACUUGAGUACAGUAGUGGUGGCGGCCUGCUCGUUUACCGGAGGGUUACAAAGUUUGCGAAAACAUUAAUUAAUCAACAUGGCAGAGUCUGGAAAGAGUUCCAAAGCCGUCACAUUCGUAGACGACGAUGACUUUGAAGAUGAAACCCUAGCGGAGAGGCUUUACGGACUGACAGAGAUGUUUCCCGAGAGUGUACGCAAUGGUGCAUCUGCCCUCACAAGUGCAUCGUUGAAGGGCGUCAAGCUGUCCUAUAACUUCAGCCGCAGCGCCCUCUGGAUCUUGAGCACAUCGUUCAUGGUCUUGAUGUUACCAGUCAUCUUCGAGACGGAGAUAGCACAGAUGGAGCAAGCACAACUGCAGAAACAGCGACAGAUUCUACUUGGGCCCAACGCCGCCAUGUCCGGUGCAGGGGGUUUACCAGGAGGGAUGACUCCGCCAAUAGCUGCGAUGCCAAGAUAGAACAUAGUACACUUCACUUUUGUGGACAGUGGUAUCAUUAGUGUGCUGAGGGCACAGAAGUGGACACAACCCGAGAUGCUGUUGGACAGAAUGGCUUUUUUUAUGAAGAUAAGACAGGAAUGAUUUAGAGGGGCUGGGUAGGGGAUUUGUCGUAGGCUAAUUGGAUGUGUGAAAUUUGCGUCAUUGGGUUGCUCAUUCAUUUUUAAUCAUCUGUUGAUCGGUACUUUGGUCUGCUUGAGGAAAAGCUGUAUAUGAUAAAGUUGCCACAGGAGGUCAUGUGCAUGAGGUUGCGUUGACCAACUGGAAAAUGGCCAAACAUUGAUAACAGCUGUACAGCUGGUCAUUUCUGCCUUGAUAUGCACCCAGGCAGUGUGCUUUUGCCGCAGUUUUUGGGACCGAAACGGCUUCUGAUUGAAGAUAUUGCAACUCUCUUUAAGACCCUUGCAUGAGGCCUUGUCGCACCAAGUAUAAAAGGAACAAUCCGUCGUCACUGCUUCUGCCGAAAUAGUCCAGUACGCUUGAUGACUUGUAUGCACCACUGACCCUUAUACAUGCACCACUUGGACUGGGCAAAGAACCCCACUCCAGCCAUCUGAAGACAUUGUAUGGCUUUGGUUACAGCUCACAAAUCAUGCAGAGUGUGAAAGUUUGGAGUGGAUACUACUGAGGAGGGGGCUUUGCUUUUGUUAAAGGUUAAUAACUUUAAUCCCAAAGUGGCCCCUCAUGACCCAAUUGGCACUUUUCGUAUUUGAGACCACCUGCCCUCUUUUUCAGUUGUUACAUCUAUGUAAGGCUACUUGCAUCCAACUCUGUUGUCUAGAGCUUGGUCUAGGUCUUCACUCCACUGGAAAUGCACAGACACAUGCAGACGGUAGACCUAGCCGUAGCUCUGGAGGUCUGUUUUGGGCACGGCCUUAGGUAGUUUAAGAUAUUUCAGAGUUGGGGUAUACCCUUUUGUUGGGUUUGGCCCCACAGGGGAUGUAUUGUUCACUUUUGUAUAGUCACGUUUAGCUCACUGUUUGAAUACAGGUCAUGUACUAAAUGUCUUGUUAGACAAACCUGUUCAAGGUCUACUUAUAAAUUUUCACAAACUACAAUCCAACUGCUCUGUUAAAAUUGUCACGGCAGUUUGAAGCCUUGUAAAGUAGAAAAAGUGUGACACACAAAUUGUUUCGAGAGAUUUUACUUUAAUGAUUCUGCAAAUCAUUCACAUGUAUAACUUUACAUUUUUACAAGGUUAAUUAUUUAAUUUAACAAAGUUGAAACAGCUUGGAACUUUGCAAAAUUUACAUUUUCUAAUUGUUCACUUGGUAAAGUACUUUUCUCUUGGUUGUCACCUGUUACAGCUUGUAAACUUAGUUACAAAUUGUCCUUCGAGUCCUGUGGGAUAUUUUUGUAAUGACAGUUUCCUUGUCAGUUGAUCAAACUCCCAAGGUUACUGAUACACUGUACAAUCCUAAGGGAAAAUUAUCAGAAAGCAGCAGUGUUUGCUAACCUUUCAUGUAAACGCUUAAUUACUUCAACUGCAAAUAAUGAGGAAUUUGGAAAAACUGAGCAAAAUCUCAUUUCAGUAGCCUUUAAAAAUAAAUACAUAUUUCAACUCUG